CCUUCACACGCCUCCAUCCUCGCGCGCAGCAUCACCUGUCUCCGUCACCGACUCCGACUCCGUCUCUCCGCGCGCGGCUCCGCUUCUCCGCAUUAGAGCUCCUCCGCAGUCACGUGGCACGUCAGAGAGAGAGAGAGAGAGAGAGAGAGAGAGAGAGAGAGUGAGUGUGUGUGUGUGUGUGUGUGUGUGAGAGAGAGAGAGAGAGAGAGGGAGAGAGAGAGAGCAGCCCUCCUCUUCCUCCUCCUUCUCCGUUUGCAGCUCGUUCAUGCCUCUCAGAUUCGGCGCGAGACCUGCGGUGAACGGGAGCCCGGAUCGCGCGCAUUACAGUUUUUUCUUUUUCUUUUUUUUUUUACAUUCUCUUGAUAUUUGCAUAUUUGCAAUCCCUGGACACUUCGAAUUAAAGAGUUUUUUUUUUAUUCUUUUUUUCCCUCUUCAUAAAUAGAAAUGAAAUAAAUACAUAAAUAUACCGCGAGGGUGCAAAUCGAGCGAGCGCGCGAGGGAGGAGAAUACGCAAGAGACGCGUGGAUGCGCGGCGCGCGAGCGGAGCGGAAAUGGAACUGCUGCUGGUGAUCUGCGUCGCGUUCGGUAUGCUGCGGUGCGACGGUGCGCGAGCGGACUCCAUCAUUCACAUCGGCGCCAUCUUCGAGGAGAACGCGGCGAGGGACGACGAGAUCUUCCAGCUGGCCAUCUCAGACCUCAGCCUCAACGAUGACCUUUUGCAGAGCGAGAAAAUCACACACUCCAUAAAAUUUAUCGAGCCGAACAACCCCUUCCAGGCGGUUCAGGAAGCGUGUGAGCUGAUGACGCAGGGUAUCCUGGCGCUGGUGACGUCGACCGGAUGCGCCUCGGCGAGCGCCCUGCAGUCCCUCACUGACGCCAUGCACAUCCCGCACCUGUACAUACAGCGCAGCGACGACGGCUCGCCUCGCACCGCCUGCCCGCUGAAGCCGAGCGCCGACGGAGGACGCUACACGCUGGCCGCCCGGCCUCCUGUGCGCCUCAGUGACGUCAUGCUCGCACUCGUCGACGAGCUCCGCUGGCGCAAGUUCCUCGUCUUCUACGACAGCGACUACGAUAUCCGCGGACUGCAGGGCUUUUUGGACCAGACGGCGAGACAGGGCCUGGACGUGGCUCUGCAGAGGGUGGACAGGAACAUCAGCAGUGUCUUCUCCAAUCUGUUCAGCAGCAUGCGCACAGAGGAGCUGAACCGCUACAGGGACACGCUGAGGCGAGCCAUUCUGUUGCUGAGUCCUCGCGGAGCGCAGGUCUUCAUCCAUCAGGCCGUAGAAACCAACCUGGCCUCCAAAGACAGUCACUGGGUGUUUGUGAACGAGGAGAUCAGCGACACUGAGAUCAUGGAACUGGCCCACAGCGCUUUGGGAAGGAUGACGGUCAUCCGGCAGAUUUUCCCGCUGUGGAGAGACAGUAGUGUGAACUGUAUGAGAAACAGCCAUCGCAUCUCCUCUCUGCUCUGUGACCCUCAGGAGGGAUACCUGCAGUCGCUAGAGGUGUCCAACUUGUACCUGUAUGACAGCGUAUUGAUGCUGGCCAACGCCUUCUACAGGAAGUUAGAGGACAGGAAGUGGCACAGCAUGGCCAGCCUGAAUUGCAUACGGAAGUCAACCAAGCCCUGGAAUGGAGGCUGGUCCAUGCUGGAGACCAUCCAGAAGGGUCGCAUCACCGGCCUCACCGGAGUUAUGGACUUCAUGGACAACGGAUCCAACUCACAUGUUCAGUUUGAGAUUUUAGGCACCAGCUUCAGUGAGACCUUCGGAAAAGACGUAAAACGGUUAGCCACCUGGGACUCGGUGCACGGCCUCAACGGGAGCUUGAAGGAGAGUCGGAUUGAGAACGGCAUGCAAGGGGUUACAGUGAAAGUUGUCACACUCCUGGAGGACCCAUUUGUCAUGGUAGCAGAAAACAUUCUCGGGCAGCCCAAAAGGUACAAAGGAUUCUCCAUCGAUGUUCUUGACGCCUUGGCGAAGAUCCUCGGCUUCAAAUAUGACAUCUACCAGGUAGCAGACAGCAAGUAUGGCUCUCAGCUUCCAAAUGGUUCCUGGAAUGGCAUGAUUGGGGAACUUAUUAACAAGAGGGCCGAUCUAGCCGUGUCAGCCAUCACCAUAACACCUGAGCGCGAGAACGUAGUGGACUUCAGCAAACGAUACAUGGAUUACUCCGUGGGGAUCCUGAUGCGAAAACCGGAGGAGAAGAUCAACAUCUUCUCCUUGUUUGCUCCGUUUGACCUGGCAGUGUGGGCCUGCAUCGCAGCAGCCAUCCCUGUGGUCGGAGUCCUGAUCUUCCUGCUGAACCGCAUGCAGUCGCUGCGCUGCCAGAAUCCGACAGGAGCUCCGUCCACCAUGUCCAACUCCUUACACAGCGCUGUGUGGCUUGUUUACGGAGCUUUCGUACACCAAGGUGGAGACUCGGCGGUGGGUUCAGUGGCUUUGAGGAUCGUGAUGGGAAGCUGGUGGCUCUUCACCUUAAUUGUGUGCUCAUCGUACACAGCUAACCUUGCAGCGUACCUCACCGUGUCCCGCAUGGACAACACCGUACGGACGUUUCAGGACCUGGCGAGACAGGUCGACUUGGAUUACGGUACUGUGCGGGACUCAGCGGUGUAUGACUACUUCAGAGCCAAAGGCACAAACCCACUGGAGCAGGACAGUACUUACUCUGAGCUCUGGAGGACCAUCAGUAAAAAUAACGGGCAGGAAUACUCCGUGUCCAGUCCGUCAGAGGGCAUCCGCAAGGCGAAGAAAGGCCCUUACGCGUUCCUCUGGGACAUGGCAGUGGUGGAGUACGCAGCGCUGACGGACGACGACUGCACCGUCACCGUCUCAGGAAACAGCAUGAGCAGUAAGGGUUACGGCAUCGCUCUGCAGCACGGCAGCCCUUACAGAGACCUCUUCUCCCAGAAGAUUCUGGAGCUGCAGGAGAAGGGUGACCUGGAUGUGUUGAAGCAGAAGUGGUGGCCUCGUUCGGGUCGCUGUGACCCGGGUAGCCAGCGGGGGUCGCCGACCGAUGGCCGCUCGCUCAAACUGCACAGCUUCGCCGGCGUCUUCUGCGUGCUGGCCGCCGGGCUCGUACUAGCCUGUCUGGUGGCCGCCCUCGAGACGUUCUGGAGCAGCAGCAGCAGCCACUGCCGGCGAGAGCAGCCCAAAGAGGUUACUAAGGAUUACAGAGUGAGAAGGGUUUCAGAUCCAUUGAGAUAUAAUGAUAUUGCUACUGCUUCAUCGGAGGGGAGCAAGGACAUUUGGACAGACAGAGAGAGAGACUGGGAUGAAACAGAGGCUAUUGACACAGGACAAGGAGGUGAACCUGGAGCAGGUGCAUCGGCGCAUGAACAGUCUCAUAGACGAGGACAUGGUGCACAAGCAGAUCCCCGGGCCAUCUAUCGAGAUCUCUGCCCUGGACAUCGGUGGCAUGCAGCCGGGCCAGGCGGCACGGGAAGCUGGCCGGGAUUUCGCGGGCACGGGUCUAUCCGUGAGCACCUUUCUGCCAGAGCAGGCCCAUGGUGUGGGCAGGACACUGGCACCAGGGCCUGGCACUGCACUCCCGCUGCCCCUGGGCAGCUCCACCAUGCCCUCCUCCAUACAGUGCAAACACAGGGCCCCCAACGGGGGUCUCUUCCGGCAGAGCCCCGGCAAGACGCCCAUGCCAAUGCCAUACCCACCAGUUCCAGGAGGACCCAUCCCCGAAGCCAUUGAUCCCACCCAUAGCACGUCCAUCUGAGGCCACACGGGGGCAGCUUUCUUGCGGGAAGAGGCGGGCGGUACGAUUGGGGUUGUAAUGUAUAAAAAGAACAAAGAAAAAAAUAAACACACAUAUAAGGGUGGAAGAGAUUUUUAAUAUAGAUACAAAAAAAAAAAAAACCCAACAACAAAAAAAACACUUUUCUUGUAAAUAUUUGUAAAUAACAAAAGAGCGAAGUGAGUUAAAGUGUAUUUUGAAUAUUCUCAAUUUUUGGAGUUGAGUUACAAAAACAAAAUGAAAACAAACAAAAAAAAACAAAAACAAAAAGAAACUAUAAAACAGACUUUAAAAAUGACUGUUUAAAUGGCUUUGUAAAUUUUGUUCUCUAUGGAUAAAGACGCAAAUUCAUUGUGAUUGUUUUCUAAGUGCCGAAAUAAAAAAGAUGUCUCUCCACAGUUUGUUACUAGAUUAUCCCACAUUUCACUUCAUUAUGAAUCAUAAUGAAGAUUAAUCCAUCAAUUUCGCACCCCCUUUUUAAUGUUGUUUUUUUAAUUAUUCGUAAAAAAAAAAAAAAAAAAAUUAUUUUCCAAUCACAGUCAUUCUUUAAUCUCCAAGAGUACCGUCUCCGUUCAGAUGUUUUCAGUUCUGCUCUCGUUAACAAGUCUGAUUGCGGAUGGUGUGAGCGUUAGCGUCGAGUCCGUGACCCGAGUCAGGUCAGAGUGAAGGUCUAGCGAGGCAGGAAGGCCUCGAGCACAAGUUUUCUAAAGGAAGAAAGCUAAGCAGAAAACCUCUCGUUGUUAUCGGAUCCGUUCUGUUUUACCCAUGUACGGCUGCUUGGUCAAUGCGAAUUGCGUUUAUUUUUCAUAUCUGUGUGAUGAUAUAACAUAUAUGUAACAUACAGAGAUAUUUUCCUUCAGAGUAAACUGCGAAGAAAUGAAACGGUUUUAUCGUUCACAAACUCUGUAAAGAUGAAUAUAAAAUAUAAAAGGUAUGAAACAAUACAUGCUGUGAUAUAUAUUUUCUUUUUUUCUUUUUAAUUUUACUUUAAAUGAGUCCUGCAAGGAGAAAAUAUGAUUGUGUCAUUAUGAAGUAUUUUUUAUGAGGAAGCUUGAGGUUUUUUGUUUUUUUUUUAUACAAGUUCUGUCCCCAGACGAUUAUCAAUGACUGCCUCACAAUAAGAUGUUCCCCAGAUAUAUGAAUCGUGUAAUUGCACUUAUAGUCCUUGUCUUUUCUGUUAUUGUGUAAAUGUUUUUGCUUUGUUUCCACCUCAGCCUGAGAAUCAGUCUGUGUUGCUUUCUCCAUGCUUCAUAUUUAAUAACAGUAAUCAAUCAGUGGUGAUGGAGGACAGGCCGAAUAUCCGACAGCGGUUGUAGAUAUAUGUGCUGUUAUCCCUAAAGACUCGACUGACUUUCUCACAUUCGGAAGUCAAAUAAGGACAUUCCUUUUUUCUUUCUUUUUUGAGUGGAGGGGACGUCCUGACAUCAGCGCUGCACAUUUUCAGUCGGUAAUCACGGUCGUAGCCUGAAUAUCUUGUGUACGUUCCAGUAGUUUCCAAUGUUAACCAAAGCGAUAUCAUAUCAUACACUGUGUUCCACCAUGAAACGCCGUUCGCUGGUGGAGACGACGAUGUCCGAGCUUCUCGUAGAGACAGCCGUGUGCUCACUGCUUUUACUGCCCUGACUCCCUUACCCAAUUGGAGAAGAAAAAACAACAACACAUAUUUGAUUUAAAGAUGAAAAGAAAGGAAGAAGUCUAUCAUAGUGCAGUCUGUAACAUUACACCAGAGAGAGGGAGACUCUUAUUUUGAUUAUGAAUAUGCUGCUUGGAGUUUCUUAAUUCUUUAAUAAAGAAAUAUGGUUUA